AUGGGGGGGAAAUCCGUAGACAUGUUCUCGGAUUCAAGACUUAUUGUGGGGCAGGUAAAUGGAGACAUGGAGGCAAAGGACGAAAGAAUGCAAGAUUAUCUAGUACGGGUUAAGCACCUGCAGGCCCAUUUUCAUCAAUUCCGCUUGACGCAAAUACCCAGAAGCGGGAACACUCAUGUCGAUUCUCUCGUGACGUUGGCCACCUCCUCGGCCCAACACCUACCUCGAGUCGUUCUGGUAGAAGAGGUCCUCCGUCCAUCAACAGAAAGGGCCAAUGGGAUUGGAAUACAUAACAUCAGGGCAGGACCGAGCUGGAUGGACCCUAUCGUUCUGUACUUAAAGCAUGACACCUUGCCAGACGAUAAGGUUGAGGCUGGCAAAAUCAGGAGAAAGGCUACUCGAUUUUGGUUAUCGGAGGACUCCAAGCUUUACAGAUGCUCGUUUUCAGGGCCGUAUUUACUAUGUGUGCACCCAAAGGCUGCAGAGCUCAUCCUGGAGGAGUUACAUGAAGGAAUUUGCGGAAGUCACACUGGGGGUAGGUCUUUGUCCCACAGAGCCUUAACGCUGGGCUAUUGGUGGCCGAGCAUGCAUAAGGAAGCCCUGAAUUAUGUGAAGAAGUGCGACCAAUGCCAGAGAUUCGCUCCGAGUAUACACCAGCCUGGUGGAGAGCUAAACCCAAUGUCCAGUCCCUGGCCAUUUGCACAAUGGUGCCUAGAUAUACUUGGUCCAUUCCCUAAGGCAACAGGGAAUAGAAAAUUUCUUCUCGUCGGCACCGACUACUUCACCAAAUGGAGUAAUGGCCAAGCAGAAGCCGUCAACAAGACCAUAAUGAACGGACUGAAAAAGAGACUAGAUGAUGCAAAAGGAAGAUGGGUAGAAGAGUUAGCCCAUGUCUUAUGGACAUACCGCACCACGCCUCGUAGGUCCACAGGGGAAACCCCUUUUUCAAUGACCUAUAGAGCCGAGGCUGUCAUUCCACUGGAGGUGAACUUCCCAACCCAGAGGACCACCACCUUUUGUCCCGCUACCAAUGACAAACUUCUAGAAAAGAGCUUGGACCUCAUCGACGAAAGAAGGGAAGGCGCGAUGGUCCACCUAGCUAACUAUCAGCAGAAGCUCAAGCAAGGUUACGACGCCAAGGUGAAGUCCAGGCCAUUGGCGCCUGGAGAUCUAGUACUGAGGAAAGUCUUGGGCACUGCGAGGAACCCCGCAUGGGGAAAGCUCGGACCAAACUGGGAGGGAUCGUACCGUAUCACUUCUGUAGCUGGCGUAGGAGCCUACUUUUUAGAAGACUUUGAUGAAUGUGUAGUUCCACGCCCUUGGAAUUUAGUGAAGAAAUAG